UUUUUAAAGCACUGGUAAUAUUUACCUUCUCUACUUAGUUUGCUCACAGCUAGCUUCCUGAUGCUGGUUUAGAAUAAAAGCACCUCCCAUUUACUUGUCUCGAUAGUAUACUGUUACCUUGUGUCAGAAAGAUUUAUCAUCAGCUUUUUUUUUUUUUUUUUCAGGUUUGGAUAUCUGUGUCGUCCUGUCUUUAUUAACUGCGGUCCAGUCUGUCUUAGCGCAGCAGCGGCUCUAGCCAGUAGCAGGUGUACAGAGAGAUACGUGCAGAUGGUCUCCUCCCAAAGGCAGUGUUUCUGCUCAUCCACUGGCUAUGUGACCCUUUCCUGAAAAGGUUUGUGGGAUACGUACAUGGAAAUAAAAGAAGGAACUUUAACCUGAUUAUGAAUUUUGAAGAAAGGAAUGCAAAAGGAAAAGAUAAUAGUGGCUAGUCCUCAGGAAUGACGUCCUUUUGCCACAAUAUCAUUAAUAUUUCCUGUGUGAAAAGUAGCUGGUCGAAUGACGUCCAUGCUUCCCUGUACAGUUUAAUGGUGCUCAUAAUUUUCACCACGGUGGUUGGCAAUCUGAUAGUUAUUAUUUCCAUAUCACACUUCAAGCAACUUCAUACCCCAACCAACUGGCUCCUUCAUUCCAUGGCCACUGCGGACUUUCUGCUGGGGUGCUUGGUCAUGCCUUAUAGCAUGAUGAGAUCUGUUGAGCGCUGCUGGUAUUUUGGAGAAGUCUUCUGUAAAAUUCAUACCAGCACUGAUAUUAUGCUGAGCUCAGCAUCCAUUUUCCACUUGUCCUUCAUUUCCAUUGACCGAUACUACGCUGUGUGUGACCCAUUGAGAUACAAAGCCAAGAUCAAUAUCUUGGUUAUUUCUGUCAUGAUCUUCAUUAGUUGGAGUAUUCCUGUUUUUGCAUUUGGAAUGAUCUUUCUGGAACUCAACUUCAAAGGAGCGGAAGAGAUGUAUUACAAACACGCUCACUGCAUAGGUGGUUGUUCUGUCUUCUUCAGCAAAACAUCUGGAGUUCUGGCCUUUAUGACUUCUUUCUAUCCUGGCUCUAUCAUGUUGUGCAUCUAUUGUAGGAUAUAUUUCAUAGCGAAAGGGCAGGCAAGAUCAAUUAAUGAUACAAAUCAGAAGCUUCAGAUUGGGUUGGAAGAGAAAAAUGGAAUUUGAAGCAAAGAAAGGAAAGCUGCAAAGACUUUAGGGAUUGUGAUGGGAGUUUUCCUAACAUGCUGGUGUCCUUUCUUUGUCUGCACAGUUAUGAACCCUUUCUUGGACUAUGCUAUUCCACCCACCUUGAAUGAUGCGUUGAUUUGGUUUGGCUACUUGAAUUCCACUUUUAAUCCAAUGGUUUAUGCGUGUUUCUAUCCCUGGUUCAGAAGAGCACUGAAGAUGAUUCUGUUUGGUAAAAUUUUCCAAAAAGGUUCAUCUAGGUGUAAAUUAUUUUUAGAAUCAAAUCCAUAGAAUUAUUACCUUUACUAUUUUGCAAAACAGUUGGUGGUCAUGUUUAUGAAUGCAAUAUAAUAUCAACCACGUGUACCAACUAUAGGGACUUUUAGCAAUUAUUUGAGCCAACGAUUGUAUAGUGACAUAUGAUGCUUAUAUCUUACUUCCUAUUUGCCAUUCUUACUAUACUUAUUGAAGCUUUGCAAGUCCAGAUUUAAGGAUUACAGUUUAAAGAAUUUUUCCUGCCCUUACAGGAACUGCCAUGAAAUUGACAGCAGUAUCUUACUAGUUGCUCAGUGGUAGAAACUAAGGGGCUACAUUUGGAGAUGCAAAUUAGAAUGACUUUGUCAUUCAUUUGAUUGAAUAUAUAUGCCUUAUUGUAAAAUUGACUAAAAUCUACUUUAUUUUUUUAAAAUCAUACUUUAAAUGCUAUUAUUAAAUAACUACAUAAUUUGCUAUUUAUCACUAAUUCUUUUUAAUAUAUUCUAAUUAUUAAAUCUCUUAAUUCUAUAUUUUUAAAAUAUAUUUUUCCUGAUUUUCAUACUUGGAGGAAGUUUAGAAAGUAAAGCAGAAGAUAAAGUAAUGUAUAGAAACAAAGUGAAAACUAAACGAUCACUCAUAGCUCACUACAUGAAAGAACUAUAUUAUUCAAAAUUCUUAAAAACAUCACUUUUUGGUGACUAUAUAAUAUUACAUUGAUGGAUGCACAAAAAAAUUUUUAAAGCAUUUUUCUCUUGUUGACCACUAAGUUAAUUUUGAUUUUUUUUUUCAAAUAGUGGAAAUUAAAUGCCUGUUACUUGUUGCUGAAGCUCAUGAAAAUGUCUGGAAGGAUUUCAUCAUAUUUCGAGGACAUGAGUGGUGCACUAGGUCUCAAAAUAUAAGCUGUGUGAAGUAAAAAAAUUCGCCUAUUGGGCUCCAGGCUACACCAAAGAGAAGCAGUUCUCCAUCAAAGCAGCUAAACAUGAGGGCUGAGAAGAGUUGGCACACCAUGUCUAUUAAGACGCAUACACAAAAGAAAAAUGAGGACCAAAUAGUGGUCUCCACCUAAAAGAAGUGGGCCACCAUUCUCACUCACAAGGAUCAAUUUAUAAUCCCGUUAUUUCUCAUCCAGACUUCAUGUAGUCCCUGUCAUCUUGAGUAGCACCAGGGAUUGGAUGUAUUUAUUUAAUAAUAGUGACUUGUGCUCAUGGUAAGUUAGGAUAAGGCAGCUAAUUUUAUUUAUUUACUUAUUUAUCUUUAAGGCCACACUUGUGGCAUAUGGAAGUUCUCAGGCCAGGGGUUGA